UUGCGUAAUUCUUCAGAUACGGGCGUUAAACGAUUGGAUUUACACUCCCCACACUCCACUCUCGGUUCCCCCGCUGCCGAGAAGAGGAGGACAAGCGCCGCCGACCUCGCCCUCAUCGCCGCCCCGCCCCGCCCCGCCGUUGGAGAAGACACCUCCACCGCCGCACCUGACCUCCAAGGCUUUCGCCCGUUCCCCUCUGGAGUGGAGCGGGCAGGAGGGGAUACAACAUCCAGCCUGCACGUUCCUUUUACUGCAUGCGUUUCUAGCAGGGCGUCGUUGUUGAGACCUGAAUAAGCAUGUUGGUCAGACGGAACACCUUUGCUUCCUGCCCCGCCUUUCAUCCGUUCGUCAUAGUAGCACUGUUGGCGUUUGUGUACAUCCAUACACCAGCCACUGCUAUUGUUGCUGUUCCAAGUUCUCACUGUUAUACCUUCGACAGUGAUAGCCACCUUGUUGACUUUACAUAUCUGGCCGGGAAGAAUUUUGAAUACAAUGAGGAGGGCUCGGUAACUUCUGACUUGGUCGUCCAGUUAUGCAAAGAUGUGCAGAGAAGGUCUCAGGCGGGUUUCAUUGAUUUUGGCCGCUUUAUCAAUCAUCGCUCUUUUCAGACUGGUUCAAAGCCGAUUGACUACAUCCAGAGAUUUCACAAUGGUGAUUUAGCGAAAUGUGAAACUACAUUUGAAGAGAUGGGCCGUACUGCACAGGUCAACAUUAUAUGUGGACGAUGCUCAACUAAAGUAUGCAAAGAUGAACAUGGAUGCAUUUGCAGCGUAUCCUAUGAUGAAAGGAUUUGCAGGGCGGUUGUUGAGCUAGCCAUUCAUUGUCCUAAAAGAGGUCCAAGAGUUUUUAAGGGUUUCAUUGUGGGCUUCCACCCCCGGUCAUCAGAAGUGGUUUACGAUGGAUUGACUCAACUGGGAUUCGAACGACUUCAUCAUGGGUUUAGCUUUCCAAGUGAGCAAAUUCACGUGUCUUUAUAUCUUAGCGCCACGUCUUCUCUUGCAGAUCUUGUUGGAAAACCUACCUUCAGGGUUAACCCGAUGAAAGGGCUAGAUGUUAUGCUUACGGGAUCAGGGGCCAAUGGUGCCGUGCCUACUGCCCUGUCUCCAACAGUUCUGAAUGUGAAUUGGAUAUGUGAAAUCAUUCGAAGUAAUCCAUAUGUGGUGAAUGUUUCAAUCCCAGUGGCGGGCUAUGAUCCAAUCGAAUUCACACUUACCAAAGAAUGUGGUUACACACAAGAAAGAGGGAGUGAUUCUAUGAGAGGGUGGGCAACAUUCGGAAUUGUUUCUUGCAUAUUCAUCGUCUUUUCGAGCCUACUUUGUUGUGGAGGAUUCAUCUACAAAACUCGUGUGGAGCAUCAGGAUGGUUUACAUGCAUUGCCUGGGAUGACUACAGUGUCUGCCUUUCUGGAUGCUGUUGGAAGACCAAGAGGCUACCUGCGAGCAGGUGAUCCUAGUGGAAAUCAUGCAAGCCAAGUAUCGUGGGAGAACACUUCUGCUACCACACCAGCAGCACAGAGGACAAAUGAUGGAAGAUAUGGGACAAUAUGAGUCAUGCUUAGUUUUGUGGAAUUUGUCUUGUAGGUUUGCACUUUGUACUCAUUUAACUUGGGCUUUAUUUAAUAUCGUUUUCUCGUAUGUAUGUAACUGCAUCUGAAAUCAGCUUUUCGAGUUUUCUUCUUUGCAUCUUCCAUCGAAAGAAACCAAAUGUUUCAGAGCAAAAGAAGAUGAGAUAUCUUUCAUUGAAAGGAAUAAAAUUACAUUUCAUUCAUCAA